AUGGCCGCUUCCAAGCCCGCCUACAAGGUCGCUGAUAUCGGCCUAGCCGAUUUUGGUCGUAAGGAGAUCAUCAUCGCUGAGAAUGAAAUGCCUGGACUGAUGGCGAUGCGUGCGAAGUAUGGUCCGACCAAGCCGUUGAAGGGUGCCCGUAUUGCUGGAUGCCUUCACAUGACCAUCCAGACGGCAGUUCUUAUCGAGACUCUUAUCGAGCUUGGUGCUGAGGUGCAAUGGUCGUCAUGCAACAUUUUCUCUACCCAAGACCAUGCUGCUGCCGCUAUUGCUGCUACUGGUGUUCCAGUCUAUGCCUGGAAAGGCGAGACCGACGAAGAAUACGAGUGGUGCAUUGAGCAGACUCUCGUCUUCAAGGAUGGUCAACCCCUUAACAUGAUCCUUGACGAUGGAGGUGAUCUCACCAACCUUGUUCACCAGAAGUACCCACAGUACCUUGAAGGUAUUCGUGGAUUGUCCGAAGAGACUACGACUGGAGUUCAUAACCUCGCCAAGAUGCUCGAGAAGGGAGAACUGAAGGUGCUGAGUGAACACAAUGCUUUAGUUACAAAGGAUUUUUUAGAAAUCAGCUCUUUUCAACUUCAAAUUUGUGUGAUGCAGGUCCCAGCAAUCAAUGUCAACGACUCCGUCACAAAAUCC